CGCUGAUACGGCUGCCAUGCUGCGGCGUCUCGCGUCGUCGUUCGCGGCUGUUCAUUCGCGUGUCGGACGUCGUCGAGGUAGGACGCUUCGCUGCUGUCGCUCUCGCGCUUCUCGUUCUCUUCGUCUUCUUCGGUGACGACGCGUUCACGACGGAAAGGAGACUCUGCUUAGCAUCGAAGGUCGCGGGUGCUAGCUGAUCUAGCUGGGAGAAGGGAAAACUCGCGGUUCGAUCGUGGAAAAAGCAGGGAAUCCGGUGGUGGAGAGGAGGAAAGAGCAAUGGGCGAUAGAUUGGUGCAGGAACCGGAAUGGAAGGUCGAGCGCAAAGGGUCGGCUCUUCUCUUGAGGCGGGACAGUUCGCAUCCGAAGAGGAGCCGCGUUUGUUUUCGCUGCGACGUGGAGGUUCGCGAAUUCGAGCGUGACGAGGAUUACAUGGUCGAGAGUGAGCCGGAAGCAGCUGCCAGCCCGUUGGCGAUGUGUGCCAGUUGUCUGGCAGCACUCUGCGUGACCGUGAUAUUGCCUUGGUUGCUAAUCGGCGGUUAAACCGCUGACCGAUCGAGUCACGAUCGCGUAUCGAUCGAUUAUCGCGAAAACGUUGCUCCGGAAAUUCGACGAAUCCAAAGGAUGGAUUCCUUCGAGGGUUUAACCGCGAAACGAAACUGCUGGCCAGUCGAUGCAUCUAAUUAGGGAGGGAAAGGAGGGGUGUUUUACUUUAAGGUGCAGGGAAUCUGGGGAAUCGGUGGGUCCUACAACAAGGGUAGAAAAGGGCCUGGAGAGUCGAAGCGACAACGAACAUACACUAACGUUAGCCAAACAUCGAUCGUGGCCGCGAAAAAAUGUUCAAACGCCUUACGAGCUAAUCAUUUCCUAGGAACGUUAAAGAGUAAUUUAUUAAAGAUUAAAAUUCAUGCGUAUAGAAAAAAGUAAUUUUAUCGACGUAACAUAACGGUCACGAUUCGUAUAAAUGCUAUGAACGUUUUUCGGUAAACGCGACCUCGAACAAUUUCUUCGAAAUUACGGAGGAAAGAAUAUAAAAAUAGAAAAGGAACGAUUUGCCCUCGUCUACGAAACAAUUAGAACCGUGUCUUUGUGUCUAUUCGCUGACCCGUCACGUUUUCUUUCAGUUAGUUCUCGCUUCGUUCGACGUAGAAAAUACGUGUCUCGAGAGAAACGUGCGGCGCGCGGGUAGACCCCGUGAAAAGUGCGAGAAAGCCUGUAGCGAUGCUGGAAUUUUCUGUUAUUCCGGCGAAACGGUUAUUCUGGCUUGCAUCGAACCUCGUUCGUUCGACGAGUCGUUGACGGUUCCUUUACCGGUUUUCGCGAAACGCGGUCGAUUCGCGUUCUCGACAUCUCCGCGAAUCUCCGGAUGUUUUAAUUAAAACGCAUGAAUCGAAUAGCGAACCGAAUGGAAUAACGUAAGGUGUACCAACACUUUUUCAGGCCUCGUAUUUCGAUUAACCGUACAAAUUACCGUCGAAUCUCGCAUAUAGUAUGUCGCUGAAAGGUCUUCGAUAAAUCAUCCGUGUGUACUCGUGCGGAGUUUUACCAGCUUGAAAUAGAGAGAAAGAGAGCAAAAAAGAACGAAGAGUUCUAAAUAUAAAUCCAAUGAUUGAUCGUAGGUAUGUAAAUACAAGUUACACGAAGCGUCGUAUUAUAGUACGAGCGUGGGAGAUAUCGAACAAACCACAAAGAUCAUUGUAAAAUACUAUUUGUUUAUGUUUCUAAUAAAAAUCUGAAAAAGCAAUGAA